AUGGAGGAAAUACUGCACGAGAACCACUUUUUCGACAAAUACAUGAAAAUGAAUAUUCCAGAGAACUAUAUAGACGCCUCCCAAUUCAGAAUAAUCCCAGACAACCAAGAAGUGUAUGUGCACAAAUUCGAAAACAAAUGUUUCAUAAUUGAAGUGUUAUGUUAUCAAAAUGUAGAUCUAAAUGAGAAAGGAAAGUUUUAUUUUUAUGAUUUAGCAAAAGAAAAUUCAAGUAUAGAAAAUAAUAUUAUAUUGAAUAAUAUUUCUGUAUCUCAUCCACAAACAAGUUAUAUACUCAUAGUUGGAACACAGAAAAUUAAAAAACAGAACUCAAAUGUAUAUGAAAACAUUUUACUAUAUAUUUGUAUUUUCCCCUUUAAGGAAUAUAAUGCUGAUAUAUUAAUAACUUGGAAUAUUCCAAAAGAGGAUAUUAAUAUUCAGCCUGAGUUUAAUACAUUUAAAGAAAUGGUACAUUCCUUCAGAAUAUUAGAUUUUGGUCUAUUCAUUUGA